AUGGUUGACAUCGGGGGCUUGGACAACCUGAUCGCCAACACUGCCUACCUGCAGGCCAGGAAGACGUCAGACGGGGACUGUAAGGAGCUGCAGAAGCGCCGGCGGAGCCUGAUGCUGCCCAGCCCGCAGUGCUGCGCCGAGCUCCGCCAGGCCCUGGCCCCGGACUUCGACAGCCUGUGUGAGCAGCAGCCCAUCGGCCGCCGCCUCUUCCGGGACUUCCUGGCCACCAUGCCCAAGUACAGAGAGGCCGUGGAUUUCCUUGAAGAGGUGCAGAACUGGAAGCUGGCUGAAGAGGGUCCCGCCAAGGCCAGCAUCCUGCAAGGGCUACUGGCCACUUGUUCUGGUAGUGCUACCCCCGAGAAACCACAUCCCUUCCUCAGCUCAGCUCUGCGGGCCAAGAGCCAAGAAGCCAGCACCAACGAAGAGAAGGUGGCUGCGGUGGCACUGGCCAAGGCCGAGACCAUGACCUUCUUGCAAGGCCAGCCUUUUCGGGACUUUCUGGCCAGCCCCUUCUAUGAGAAGUUCCUGCAGUGGAAACUCUUCGAGAUGCAACCAGUAUCAGACAAGUACUUCACUGAAUUCAGAGUGCUGGGGAAAGGUGGCUUUGGGGAGGUCUGUGCCAUCCAAGUGAAAAACACUGGCAAGAUGUACGCCUGUAAGAAACUGGAUAAGAAGCGGCUCAAGAAGAAAAAUGGCGAGAAGAUGGCUCUAUCCGAAAAGGAAAUCUUGGAGAAGGUCAGCAGCCCUUUCAUCGUCUCCCUGGCCUAUGCCUAUGAGAACAAGACACAUCUCUGCCUGGUCAUGAGCCUGAUGAAUGGAGGAGACCUCAAGUUCCACAUCUAUAGGGUGGGCGUGCACGGCCUGGCCAUGAGCCGGGUCAUCUUCUACUCUGCCCAGAUGACCUGUGGUGUGCUGCACCUCCACUCCCUCGGCAUCCUGUACAGGGACCUGAAGCCUGAGAACGUGCUUCUGGAUGACCUUGGCAACUGCAGGCUAUCUGACCUGGGCCUGGCUGUGCAGAUGCAGGAUGGCAAGCCCUUAACCCAGAAGGCUGGAACCAACGGUUACAUGGCUCCCGAAAUCCUGAUGGAAGGCGUAAGUUACUCGUAUCCUGUAGACUGGUUUGCAAUGGGAUGCAGUAUUUACGAAAUGAUUGCUGGACGAACACCAUUCCGAGAUUACAAGGAAAAGAUCAGCAAAGAGGAACUGAAGCAAAGAACCUUGAAAGAGGAGGUUGUAUUUCAACAUGAAAACUUCACAGAGGAAGCUAAAGAUAUUUGUAAACUCUUCUUGGCUAAGAAACCCGAGCAACGCUUAGGAAGCAGAGGAAAGUCUGAUGAUCCCAGGAAACACCCUUUCUUCAAUACCAUCAACUUUCCUCGCCUGGAAGCCAACCUGGUGGAGCCCCCAUUUGUGCCAGACCCGUCUGUAGUUUAUGCCAAAGACGUUGCUGACAUUGAAGAUUUUUCCGAGAUUCGAGGGAUUGAGUUUGAUGACAAAGAUAAGAAGUUCUUCCAAAGAUUUGCAACAGGUGCCGUCCCCAUAGCAUGGCAGGAAGAGAUCAUAGAAACGGGACUAUUUGAAGAACUCAAUGACCCCAACCGAACCUCAGUUUGUGGAAACGGUAACUCAUCCAAGUCUGGGGUCUGUUUGUUGUUAUAA